UGCGCCCGCGCCGAGGGCGCUGUAGUCGCGCGCUUAUCCGACGCCAUUUUCACACUGUCCGCGAGCUUUCCCUCACUCAGAUCACUAAGCAUCCCCCGCAACGGCAGCAUUGCGAGUCAGGAGUCGCGUCGUAAGCUACUUGCCUUUCGCAUAUGCUGUUCAACCCUGCUAAAACACUUACAAACGUACUAUUCAUUCAGUUUUCCAUCAAGGGAAAAACACCAAUGACCUUUAUUCAAGACUGUGUUGAAGGUAAAGUGGAAAACAUGGAUGGAACGCUAACCGGAGAAGAUAGCGGAAGAUCUUCGCGACCCAUCAGAAACAGGCGUUACACCCGGAGAAGCUUAGUGGCAGGACAGCGGCCACAGAAGAGACUAUUCACCCCAGAAAUUAAACGGUAUUUAAAGGACUGGCUGGUGCGCCGAAGAGAGAAUCCCUAUCCGAAUAGAGAGGAGAAGAAAUAUCUAUCUCAUGAAACUGGUCUCACCUAUACUCAGAUUUGCAACUGGUUUGCUAACUGGCGAAGAAAGUUAAAGAAUGUUAACACCGAUCGAAACCAACAAACUUGGGGUCAUCUCAUUCGCACAUACAACGAUAGCGCGCAAGGUAACGUGGAGCAGUUCAGUAUCUGCUCCGACGACAGCAUUUGGAGUGGACCUAGACCAUCCAGCCCAAGCCAAGGUACCUUGGAUGUCGAGGAUGAAUACGUCGACAGCCCAGAACCCGAUGCAUACCGUCAAGAGCAGUCUGAUGAGUCGUCUUCCUCAAAGGAAAAAUACGAAAACAACAAUUCUUAUGUAGAGCCAAAACUAGAAUCGACAAUAAAUGAAGAAUCCAAAAAUGUCACCAGCCCACUUCUUUUAAGCAAAUGGUUGGAAAGUGCAGCCCGUUUUCAACCCAGUGAAAUAAACUACUCCUGGUGGGCCGAUGAGAAACGUCGAAAGCCAGAGCAGAGGAUCAAGUUGACUAUAAACACAUCACGCCACGAUCGAGACGAGGUGGAAGCCGCUGUAGCACUCACAGCUUUAGCUACUGCUACAAAUCGUGUUACUACGCCAUAAGAUACCAAAGACUUUCGAAAUUCCAAUUUAAAAAAUAAGAACACUUUCGAUAUAUUAUAACGAUGUGCUUUAACUCAAAAAUCAAAAGAACCGUAAAAGAUCUUUUAUAGUGUUGGGUCAUGGAAAAGUUUGAAAAUAAUCAUAUUUUUCAGAGAAAUACAUAUUUUUCUGCAUAUUUUUCCAUUCUAAGAUUUUUCCUAUAUUUUUCCACAUUUGGUAGUGAAACAUGCCAAAAGUUGAAAGUACUGAACUUCAUUAAGAGAAUUUGAGAAAAUAAGCCAAGCAGGGUUUAGGAAAUUGCAUUUAGCAAUGUGUAUACAGUAUUAUUUUAUAAUUCAUGCUAAAUAAAACAUUAAAAGGUAUACUAAUAAUAAUAAAGAUAUACCAGUCUUGGAAUUAUAUUUUUCCAAUUUUACAGAAUUUUUUUCUGAAAAAUGUCCACUGGGCACAUGUUUUAAAUUUUUCGGAAAAUUACCCAACGCUACACCUACGUUAAUAUUUUUCGAAUUAUAGUUAAGAUUAUAUAAACAAUACCAGUUUAAAUCGGUGUCAAAAUACGUACGGUGAGUCGUACCUCUCCAGAU